AUGUGUGUCUCUAUUUCCUGUAGGCCUUCAUCUGGCUGUGCUCAGGUGCUCAGCCAUCCCGGCCACAGUCCCAUCACCAGCCUGGCCUGGGCUCCCAGUGGAGGAUUGCUUCUGUCGGCCUCACCUGUUGAUACAUCCAUGCUUGUAUGGGAUGUUUCCACAGAAAACGCUAUCCAGUUGCAGUGGUUUGGAGGAGGCGGGGUCACAUACCUGGCUUGGUCACCUGAUGGCAGCAAGGUGCUAGCAGCGACCCCUUCAGCAGUCUUCAGAGUGUGGGAGGUUCAGAUGUGGACUUACGAGAAAUGGCCAACUAUCAAAGGUCCUUGUCGGACUGGUUGCUGGAGUCCAGAUGGCAGUCGUUUGCUGUUCACCGUCCAGGGGGAAUUUGUGAUCUAUUCCUUAUCUUUCUUGGAAUACAGUGGAGAGCAGCAAAGGCAGGUCGGUGGGUCUAAAACCGCUUCCAUUGUGGCAGAUCUUUCAGAGACUACGUUCGAGACUCCCUACGGGGAGGAGAGGAUUGGAGGGGAAGUGCAGUCCAUGGUUUGGGAUCCAAGCGGGGAGAGGCUUGCGGUGGUCAUUCAAGGAAAUUUGGAUGCCUCCAAGACUAUCAUUGCAGUGUUUCGGACUCGCAAUAACCCUGUGUUUGAACUUCUGCCCUGUGGUUUUGUACAGGGUGAAGAUGGGGUUCAGCCACAGCUGAUCACUUUUCAUCCUUGCUUUAAGAAGGGAGCCCUUCUGACAGUGGUAAGUUCAACCUCCAAAUACUGAGAAUUAUGAAGAAUGCCUG